AUGAUUGCUUUUGUUGAGACACUACUGCGUGAAGGCUUGGAAUUGGACGGCGUGGACAUUAGCAUUGAACGAGCCCACCGCUCGCUAGGCCCCGCUUCUCCCCAAGACGCUCCGCCACGUUCUAUCGUGGUUAAGUUUCUAAGCUUUAAGAUCAAAGAACAAAUACUCCGCAAAUCAUGGCAGAAGAAAGGAUUUACUUGGAAUGGUAAACACAUAUCACUGGACAACGAUUACCCCCCUCUCAUCCUUAAGAAACGAAAGGAAUACGCAGAAGUACGCAAGAUUUUGAAGGCAAAGCAGAUACCAUUUCAAACCCUCUACCCAGCGCGACUAAAGGUGAAGUUCACGGAUGGAGAAAUAACCUACGCCUCUUCAUCAGAAGCGACUGAGGAUAUGUCCCGGAGAGGCUACGCUGUCAAGAUCAUCAAACCUCCCGAAACAAUCCUGGAGCAACUGAAGCAGUUGACCUGGACCAGAGUGACCAGAGGAGGAGGUAGCAGUGCAGCGCAACCGGGACAAGAACCAGGCUAUAAGAAGAAGCUCCGUACCUUCAGGAGAACGGUAGCCACCACUUCAGGGACUUGA